CGGAUUACAUUUUCUAUUUGGUUCUCUGAUGAGUGGAUAAACCACCUGACAUUGCGUUCUCUAUCAGGCCCGUAGGUCAUCGGGCUCGAUGGCAAUUUUAUAUAGUUACCCCUGAUGUUUCUCUUUUCCCCUUUUGUAGCCAUUGGAAUAGGGGAGAACAGACCCUAAUGUAGGACCGUGUCUUCUGGACCUGUCUGGCCAUAUAGUUUCGGACAUUAUUCAUUCUCAAGUGACUGAACGUCUUGAGCGAGGAUGAUUAAAGGGGGCUCUCGGUCGACCACCUCGCUUCCACCGGAGCCGGUGGAAAUAAUCCGGAGCAAGGCGCACUACCGUCGGGUUAGACUCAAUGUUGGGGGUCUCCUCCACGAAGUUCUAUGGAGAACGCUGGACAGGUUGCCGCGAACAAGGCUGGGCAAACUACGAGACUGUAACACCCACGAGUCUCUCAUGGAGAUAUGCGACGACUACAGUUUGGAUGAUAAUGAGUACUUUUUUGACAGACACCCCGGGGCUUUCACGUCCAUUCUGAAUUUCUACCGCACGGGAAAACUGCACAUGAUGGAGGAGAUGUGUGCCCUGUCGUUUAGUCAGGAGCUGGACUUCUGGGGUAUAGAUGAGAUCUACCUGGAGUCCUGCUGUCAGGCCAGGUACCACCAGAAGAAGGAACAAAUGAACGAGGAGCUCAAACGAGAGGCCGAAACUAUGAGGGGCCGGGAAGGCGAGGAUUUUGAUACCACAUGUUGUUCUGAGAAACAAAAGAAACUGUGGGAUCUCCUGGAGAAGCCGAGUUCAUCGUUAGCUGCUAAGGUCCUGGCCAUCAUCUCCAUCCUCUUCAUCGUGCUGUCAACCAUUGCCUUGUCUCUGAACACCCUCCCGGAGCUGCAGGACAUAGACGAGUUUGGCCAGGUGACAGACAACCCUCAGCUAGCUCACGUGGAAGCGGUGUGCAUCGCCUGGUUCACCAUGGAGUACCUUCUCCGCUUCAUCUCCUCGCCCAGCAAGUGGAAGUUCUUCAAGGGUCCACUAAACAUAAUAGACCUGCUGGCCAUCCUACCCUACUACGUCACCAUCUUCCUGACUGAAUCCAAUAAGAGCGUUUUACAGUUCCAGAACGUCCGGAGGGUGGUGCAGAUCUUCAGGAUCAUGCGUAUCCUCCGUAUUCUGAAGCUGGCCAGGCAUUCCACAGGGCUUCAGUCUCUGGGCUUCACCCUGAGGAGGAGCUACAAUGAGCUGGGCCUACUCAUCCUAUUCCUGGCCAUGGGCAUUAUGAUCUUCUCCAGCCUUGUCUUCUUCGCCGAGAAGGACGAGGAGGACACCAAGUUCAAAAGCAUCCCGGCCUCCUUCUGGUGGGCUACCAUUACUAUGACUACGGUGGGGUAUGGGGACAUCUACCCAAAGACUUUACUGGGUAAAAUUAUUGGGGGUCUAUGCUGCAUAGCUGGAGUGUUGGUGAUAGCCUUGCCCAUCCCCAUCAUCGUCAACAACUUCUCAGAGUUCUACAAGGAGCAGAAGAGGCAGGAGAAGGCAAUCAAACGGCGGGAGGCCCUGGAGAGGGCCAAGAGGAACGGCAGCAUCAUCUCCAUGAACAUGAAGGAGGCGUUUGCACGCAGUGUCGAGCUCAUGGACGUAGUGGUAGAAAAUAAUGGAGAGAACAUGGGGAAGGUGCAGGACAACCACCUGUCACUUAGCCACAGGAAAGAGACUCCCAAGAGGACCACCUCAGAGAUGGGCUUCACUCAGUCAUUAGAGCCCAGCUCACCAGACAAAGCCCAUCCCGCCAGCCCUCAGCAACUCAACGCUCAGAAACUGGAGGAGAUGUACAACAAGAUGGCUAAGACCCAGUCUCAGCCUAACCUGAACAGUAAGGACAAGGGGCAUUUGUCUAAAGCGCCCAAGAAGAGAGACGAGAUAGAGAUGGGUAUCAUCCCCACAGAGCCUGCCCCAACCACAGACAUGAGGAGCAUGUCCAGUAUUGACAGCUUCAUGAGUUGUGCUGCUGACUUCAACGAAAGUGCUCGCUUCUCCCACAGCCCCAGCACCAUUGUUCCAGGGAGGGUUAGCACCAACCCCGUGCUCGAGACCACCCUGGAGCACGAGGCCAUGGUGUCCCCCCACAGCACCACCAAGGUCCCUGGAGGACGAGGCUCCAAGCACGGCCUGUUCUCUGACAGCCCCCGGGGCCUACGCUUCAGCAACCCGCUAAAGAACCGCUCCCUCAAGGUCAACUUCAAAGGCGGGGACGCAGAUCCUUCCUCCUCCUCCUUACCACAGGGGCCAGGGGGCGGGGCCCUCUCAGAUAGCUCUGCCCUCUCUGCCCACUCCCUCAUGAGUCCUGAGGUGUCUGUCUACACCACUGCCAGCAGCAAGACUCCACCCCCUGAGACCCUGAUCCCGACAGUCUUCACAUUCCAUGACGUGUCCAUCAGUAAGUUCAUUGAUGCUGACACGGACGAGGAGGAACACCUCCAUGAUAGCUCGGGUACAAACGCCUCCCAGAGGCUUCUGGGAAAAGCCAGCCCCAAGCUCAGCUCCUACAGCAGCCACCACCGCAUGGCCAACCACCUGGAGGGCUCCCAGAGAAUGCUGGGUAACAGUGUGUUCCCCUUGGAGGCCCAGUCAGGUGGGGGACAGGGGAAUCAUGUGCUCUCUCGGGGAGAGAGGAGUCAUUCAAACACCCAUAAUGAGAGCGAGAGCAAGUGAGGUAGGGGAGGGAAUAGAUAGUACAGACAGGACCCAAACAGGAGGACAUUGUGCAUAACUCUGCAGAUCUGGUCACACACUGUAGAUUUAGGCAUUACUGAAUCAGCAUUGUGCUAAAAGAAAUGUUGUUGAUUUCCUUGUGUUUUCUUCCUCAAAACUGGCCUUAGUUAUAUGUGACUAUGUGUAUGCAUAGCGUGCACGAGUGUUUGUAUGUCUGUAGGUGUAUGUGUAUGCAGGAUGAUAGGCAGAUAAACAUACACACACAGUUAUGCAGUAUUUUAUGUAUAUUGUUUUCCUUUUUUUAUAAUAUAAAUAGUAUAUUUUCUUUGGUCUGUUAUUUUAUGACUCUAUCUGAGAGGUGAACUUUCAUCCUUGUUUAUCAACAGUUUGGUUCAGCCAUUAGAAAGGUAACGGCCACUUUGAUUUCCUGUCUGUUUCCUCAUUCCCAUCACACCUCUGCCUCCCACCUCCCGCCUCUCGGGUAGCACUAACCGCAUUAACCGAAUAUUUUCAAUUCUGUACAGGGUAUUCUUUGUUGUUUUGUUUGUUUACUUUUUUUUUUUGUUUUUGAUUGUGUGUGUUAGGGUUAGGGUUAUGUUGAACCCGCUCUCCUUUAUAUUUUAAUACUCUCUCAGAUGUGUGGUUGUGGUUGAAUGUCAUACUUCAUAUCCAAUCACCAUUGAUACUGGGGAGGGGAUAAUAGCAUCCAUUUCAGCUGGAUUGAAAGUACUGAAAACACUCAGAUUUUCCAUUUUAAAGUUCCACAUUUGUACAAUUGAUAAUACUGUACGAGCAUAUAACUCAACAAGAACAUGAAAAAAGAACACACUCAUUGUGCAAAAAGUUAUAUUUUUAAAAUAUAUUUUUAGAAUGGUAUAUUAGAAGAAUUAAUUAUACUAAAUUCAUAGAUUUGCAUUUCAAUACAUUGUUUUAUUUUAGAGAGAAUAUUACAAGAUAAUGAAUUUGUAUUUUUUGCUAGUAGUUAGGGUAAAUGUUUGUCCUUCUAUCCUUCGUAAAUGUGAAUGACUUUGUAUAACACUCUGUUAAAUCCAGGGCAUCUUUAAUCAUAUCAUGGACCCACAAAAUGUUAUUAAUUCAUUAUAACAACAAUAGUUUCAAAACAGCAGAAUGUCCGAAAUAUUUCAUGAAGCCUUGGACAAAUUCAAACACAGCAGAGACGAAGGGAGAAAGGAGGAGUGGAAAUACGGAAGGGGGAGAUGGUAAGAUGGCACACAGGAAAACAGGACAGGAAGAAAGGAUAGGGAAGAGGGAAUCAUGAUCUCAUUGGAUGACUUCCACACUAUGGAUGGUAGAGCUGGGGACCAGCUGCCAGAAUUCACAACAAGCAUCAUAUGGCUACUUACACAGACACUGACAAACACAGAGCCACUCACAUGCUCAUACGCAUGCAGUCAACACAUGCUCAUACACAUGCAGUCAACACACGCUCAUACACAUGCAGUCAACACAUGCUCAUGCAGUCAACA